AUGCAUUCCUGCAGAAAGUCAGUAUCCCUGGACGAUUGUCAGCAACUUUGUGUUCGCUACGGAAGUCGGUGUCUAACGUUACAGUAUGACUUUUAUCGCGACAACUGCGAAGUCUAUGACGUUCCGUCGCCGCUUCGGGUCAAUGCUUCUGGUACAAAACCUCUACAAAAACGCUCUUGAAAAUACAAAAAAAUUUUCAGGUGCAGUGUUUUGGAGAAGGAAAAGAUCGAUUUCUGAAGCAGGGUAAACAAAAUUUAUAUAAUCUGAACGGACCUAGCUUGUCUAUUCGAAUAUCAUGUAGAACUAAUGUGGAUAAUUUAGAGCGGCAAAAAACGAUGGAUGCGUUCUUGCCUCCUUAUCUCCUACAAUCGGGACCACACACAUGAUACCAUCACUAGAAUGUCUGCGACAAAACUCCCCUCAGAACUCAGAAGCCCCGAGAUCUUCCGAACCGCAGUCUCAGACACAGGGACCGCAACCCAUCAAACAGCCUCCACUGGUGAUUUUCAUUAUUUUUUUUUGUGGAUGGGAAUUUUUCUACAUUCGAAGGGCAGCAGAAUAGUUUCUUCAUUAAUACAUAGCCGAAGCGUCAGAAAAUGCCGCUGACCAUUUUUUCGAAUGCGUAAACAAGGUAUCUAAUUCAAAUACGUCAAUUUUCAGUCCAUAAUCUGGAAAAAGAAAUUGUUCCACUCAUUCUCUUUUUUGUGUCAUUGUUUUUCCAUCUAGGGCACGUAGUUUUAAUCAGAACUGACAUUCUUUCUGACGCUUCACGAAGCAGUCGAUGCACCAGCAACGCCGGUGCAUGUUGUAAAAGAUGCUGUUUUUGUCAAAAACUGGAAAGUUUCGGAUGAUAUUCUGCAUUUCGGCGCUCUUCUCCCUGAAAAUAAUAGUUUCAGGAUCUCAAAAUUCGGAAAGUCAAAGACGACAGUGACAAGUACACUGUUGUGAGCAACACUAAAGGAACAGGAGAAGACAAAAACCCGAAAAUUCGUCUAACGCGUCCAACUAACGACCAAGAAAUGCUCAGUCUAGAUCCGAUAUCGAAUUUCGCUGUAGAGGUGAAGAGGUUCAUAUGUUUUUAAAAAUGAAACAAUUUUUUAAGGUGUUGCCAAUAGUUCCAGAUUGCCCAGUGGGUGAACAUGCGCGAAUUCAACUUAUCGAAGGCGUCCAGGUUGGAGUUUUUCAAUAUUUUCCUCUAAAAAAACAUUGAUCCUUUUGCCCUUUUAAUUGUUGAUGGCUUUAUUAAAAAUGCGUUAACUAAAGUCCUAACCUGUCAAAAUACACGAGCCGAUUUUUAGUUCAGGUAUAGUAUAUGAAAAUCCCCGAAAAUCCUUCCCCUCUCCAUAAAUGAGAUACUUAACAACUCGAAAAAGGGAAGGACUUUUGUAUGAAUUGAAUUUGAAAAAAAACGUUUAGAAUCAAUUUUAUUUGGAAGCCGUUCGUUCAAAAUUUCAUAAGCUAGGCAACCGGCCGCUGAAAAACUACCUCCGUCAGCUAAUUGUUAUCGAGCUCUCAGGCAUUGACUAUUUUCGUUUUUUUAUCCCCUUCUUUUAAAUGUAUUUUUGCAGAGGAACAAAAGAAAUAAAGAAAAAAGUUCACGGUUUUAGUGAAGCUUAGUUGGUGUUUUUCUUCCAUUUUUAAAAGCCAACCUGCAGGUCGACACAAAUCCAACGCUGAUGUUCAAAGUGGAAGCUCCUGAGCAGUGCGUUCAGUCGUGUCGGACGAGUACGGUAGGUGGCGCUGCCGAGGUGUCGGUGUGGUUAAGAAACGAGCCCAGAUCGCAUGUCGAGACCUUGGAGGCGGAGCUUUUGCAUUAUUGGACUCAAAAAGUGUUUUUUUUUUGUUGAGAAGUGCCCUUUCCGAAUUUGUAAAGGGCACGCACACGACUCUUGAUUUCAGACAGAUUGGAAAUUGCCUGCGGAAAAUAGAAAAAAGACCAUAACACAUAAAAAAUGGAUGAGACACUGAAGGAAAUUGCUCGAAAAUGAAUUUUCUGAAUUUUUGACCUACAGUAAGCUAAAACACGUAGCAUGACACUUUCCGUUUUAUGAUUGAAAUAUUUUUUGCAGUUCCUCGAUGGCUCACGCUUACCUCUUUUGUGUAGAUCUGCGCAAUUUGAUCGAAAAAGCAACACUUGCUAUGCUUUUCACGAUGCGAUAGACCCAAAUGGAUAUCUGGACUACAAACCAAACGCCGACAUUUUGUAUAUAGAAAAAAUCUGCAUUCCGGGUAAGACAAAGUUCAGAACAAGGAAGUGGAAAAGCAAGAUAAAGUCUCAGAAAUAUGCUUUUUUAAACAAGUUAGUUCAGCAAGAACAAAAAGCUAUCCCUAGGCCUAUUUCCAGUUCAUCGAUAUUGCUCACCUCUGUGACCAAAAAGUCGGUCUUUUUUUUAAGUAAAAUUAAUUUUUCAAGGGUCUGGUGAUUCGAUAUUCCAUUUUCGGUCAAGGACUUUAGCCGCAGUUUUUUUCGUUUGGUCCUCAAAGUCUCAAUCAUUCUUAGUUUCAUUUUGCAGUUUAGACCAUUCUUUUUGAAAAAAAGUUUUUCAAACAAAUAUAUUAUAUAUUCUCAAAAAAUGGAGCUUAUUUGGAGGGACUUUUUUCCCUGAAAACUUGGAGCUGGUUUUUUCAGACGUGGUCCUGCCGCUGUCUUGCGACGACGUCUUCCGACGUAUUCCUCAACAUAUUAUUUUAGGUUUGUCCUUUGGCGACUCAGAAUGCAUUCCCUGUGUUGUUGCAGGUCACGCAUCGGAGAUUCUGUCCGUCUCCAGUGAGCAAGAAUGCGUACUGCAAUGCAUUCGCUCAAAAGUUGGUUUUUAUGAGAUGCGAGCCUUCCAACCGGCCGUUCUUUUCAUGAAAAAUUGAAGACAAGGAAGUUGGAUAGUAUUUUUUUCGCCCCGAAAGAGGGAUAAAAAAACCUGCCUUAUAAAAAAACUCUGCCCUAAAAAAAUAUGCCCUGGUCUGCAAUAUUUCUUUUGAACUUAAAAAAACUUGUUUCCACUAUUUUUCAUUUACUAGCAAUUUUUCGCUAUUUUUUUUGUUGUCGUUCAAAUUCUGAUGGGCGCUCUAAAACUUUUUUUCUUUCAAAUGUUUUUCCACUUCCGGUUCCCAACUCUUUAGUUACAUGAACUGACUGCAAGAAAGUAAGUUUUUUUGUUCCGCAAAACGGCAACUAGAAGUUUAAUUCGAAUUCUUUAGCCCAUUAUCGCCGAAUCUCAAAUAACUCCCUUCGAAAUUAAAAAAAUUUAUGUCUAUGUUUAAAAAAUAAAAGUUAUGCUGCGAUAGAAUUCAUAAAACGUUAGAUUUCCAUUUGAACGUCAUGAAAAUGGCUAAUUUUUGAAUUUCUCGAGAGUUGACCGAAAUUUUUAUAAAUUUCUUUGAAGUUUUUGAAACAGUCAGAUUUCCCAAGACCCAUAGAUUAAACAAAAUUUGGUCAAUUUUCAAUAAGUUACAUCAAUAAGUGGAAUGUCCUUUCUUGCUGACUGGUUACUAUUGGCUCCUUUAUUCUGAUUAGCUGUUGUCAUAUAUUUUUUCUUUUUACAAGGACCCUUUCAGAGUAUCCGAAAGACAGAAUGUCAUUCGGUGCUUCACUACCCAGACUUUGCCGCUUACAAUUGCAUUCUGAACGUUCACACGCGUCAUACAAAAAGCGCCUACUUCAUGCCGGAACGAACGUUGAAAGUUGACUACGUGGAAUUGGCGGCUUGUGCGAGUCAACUCUCAUUUCCGCAAGGUACAUUCCCUCGAUUGUUCCUUUGUCCGGAUUUCCCUUCUUUUCUUACUGUAACAUUAUAUUGGAGUUUAGGACACGCGAUGACUUCGCAUAUCAGUCACGCACCAAUGAAUCCAUUCGAAAGAAACGAUGAAAAGCCGGGUACGGUGCCUUUGAAUACAUUUCGAAGAAAAUGAAGUUAAUUCAGACAUCGGGGCAGGUAGCACCAUUUCUGAGUGGACUGAGUGGACAUCUUGUGAUGAUGAAACGAGCACUCGUAGUCGCCAAAGACUUUGCGAUGGGUGCAAAGAAAUCAUUCAAGUUUGCUAUUUACCGACUUCAAAACAAAAAAAAACUUGUGUUAUCUUUUAAAAGAUUUGAUUCAAUGCGGGAACAUGAAAUACCAUACGUGCACAUGGAAUGGCUCAGAACGUCGUACUUAGUUUUAGCCAAUUCUCGAGAUUUCCAACUAUCGAAACAAAUCUUGCCAUGCAACCAUUACGACUUGAGUUAUUUUCGUCCGAUCAAAAACUCCCAUCCACGACUAAGCGGUUUAUAAAAGUUUUUUGAACUAAACAUAGCCGAAGAUUUGAAAACUUUUCACAUAUUUUUUAUUUGGUCACGUUUUUUUUCAUCUUGGAAAUAGAAUCUCAAUAGUUUUCAAUUACAGUUUCUUCCCUGCUUUUCUAACAACAACUUUGACCUCGCUCUACAAAAGUUCAUAAACGAGCAGAAACGAGGUUUUUUUUUAUUUUAGUGUCGAAGUUUACUUGAGAGUUUCAGAUUCUGAAAAGGGUAACGAAGGCAUCGAACAUCCAGUCAUUGCUUUUCGUAAGUUAAUAAAAUGAGAAUUUUUCGAAUUUGAACAAAAGUUUUGUUUUUUUACAUGAAAUAUGAACAAAAGCUGUCCAAUUUCUUGUAAUUUAAAUUAGGUUCGCUCCAAAAUUGAUUUUUGUAGGUUUUUAAAUUUUUUUGUUUUACUUUUUGAAGAAUCCAUCAAGCUAUACUUUUCCGAUUAUUUUAUGAACUGAGCCAGAAGUUUUCAAAAGUCUUUGAUAAGUAUCAACUGGAUCUCGAACUUCUCAGAUUUCUUCUUAAGAAAUUUUUUAGGCAUCAAGGUAACAGAAAGGCGUUUAAAAAAUACACGUUCUUAGUAAUUGAAAGUUGUUCAUUUUUCAUUCUGGUACAACACUAGUUUUCUAAAAAGUUUAAAAACCGUCCAAACAAAGAUUGACCUUUUUCCUAGGCCAACAUAAAUAUUUCCGAUUUAGGCAUUUUCCUUCAGAAUACUGUAAUAAUCGUUGUUGAAGGUUCUUUUCAGCCUCAAAAGAUGAAGAACGCCCGGAGCAAGUCGAGAAGAAAUCCGUCGAGUUUUUCGGACCCCCCAUGAAUCAGUUAUCGCCGCACCAGCCGCACAUGCUCUCUUCGUAUUGA